AUGAAAUGCCUGUGUGCGUGUGCGUAUUUGGUGAAUGUGGGUCUUUCUGUCUGCACGCCUCCACAUCCUUCAUCUCAAUCCCCUCAUAGGUUCUGUUGAAAGGUAACAAAGAACGUGGGCUUCGCAAAAAUCCACUUUGUUCUCUUUGCUUCGCUGUUCUUUUUCAUUUCUCCCAUCGUUUCCAUCACGACGCACCAAAAUGCCCAGCAAGAGGAAGAAGAAUAAGCGCCGCAUGCGAAGGGUGCAGGCCAUGAUGAAAGCACCUGAAGAACAGCCUGAACUUAGCCAGCCAAUCAAAACCAAACCUAGGGUGGCAGUGAGUGCACCCCCUGCAGCAGACCCAAAGAAAGCAGCUAAAACUCCAGCAUCAGCUCCAGAUAAGAUCCCCAAAGCUGUUAUCAUUGCUGAGAUGACAAACGUAGUACCUGAACCAAUCACGGAAGAACCUAUUGAAGUCCCUGUGCCAGUACAAGUACAGUCACCAAAACCUGAGGUUGUGGUGUUGGAAGAGACACUAGCAGAAGGUAAAGCUGCAGCCCUAGGCACUGAAGAAGUCCUCAACAGUCAACCAGAAGAAACAUCAACAACAGCUACAACAGUCCAGGAAACUGAAACUAUCAGUCCUGAAAUAGUAACUGAGGUUGAUGAGGAUCCAGAACCUACCGUGGAGCUUGAGACCUUGUCGGAAGAGGUGGAGGUGAAAGAGGCUGUUCCAGAGAAUGUGGCCACACCAGAGUUUACAAUUGAAGGCAGUGAAGAACAGGUACUUGAGGGUCUGAAGAGUGACUCUGUUUCUGUUCCGGCUGCUGCAGCACAACCUGCUGUAGAUGAAUUGGUGAUAGAAACGCUGCCUGAAUCAGCAGAGGACAUCACUGAAGACACGCCUGAAACAGAACAGGUGACUGAGGCUGUGGUUGAUCCUGUGGCACCAACUGAUGAGGAAGAAGGUGAAGCUGAAGUAGAAGACAUACCUCAAGUCACAGAAGAGGCAGCUGACAUCAUAAAGGAACUGGACACUGUCCCAGAAGCUUUGGUGGAAAUGGCUCAAGGCCAUCUGAUUGAAAUCGAAGAGGAGGUUAACAAAACACCGGCCGGUGAGUGUGUUAUCACUGCGGAGGACGACGCCAGUGAUCAGUGUGUCACUGACCCACAGGAAACUACAUGUUUGAGUGACAGCAUCAGUACCGAAUCAGAAACCGUGAACAUCAGUCCUGCUGAUCCAGAGCCUGCUGCAGGUCCUGUAGAAGAAGUCCCCACUGAUGUCAUUAAUGAGCACACAAGUCUAGCAGUGCUGCCAGAAGAGCCGAUGUCAGACAUCAGUGACAGCAGCUGUCAGCUGGAUCUCACUGUGGAGUCUCUGCAUCUCAACUCAGUGGAGGCCUCAGUGGACAGUCGAUUUAAUGGAAAUGUUGUUCGAGAUGUCUCCAAUGAGGACUAGACUGACAACACAUUUGUCUUUGAAAAGCUCAUUCUUGUCACUAUUUCCUUCAGUCAUUUGGAGGAUUCAGUGUUUUACUGGGAACCAACCAAAUAUUUUACUUUCUCGGGCUUAUAAAGGAACUGGCAGGAAAUUGAAGGGACAUCCACACUUUGAAGUGCCUUUCCCGCACUCUGGUUCCUGCCAAAAAGCCAGACCAAGUGUGAACAUAUGGAAACUGCUGCCUUCAUAAGAGUGCUGCUGAGGCAAACUAUGGCUUGUUUUAUUCUGCAUUUACAACCUCACACCAUGAAUGGUGAUUUUUGAAUCGCUUUAAAUGAGCUAGAGUGGUGACAAAAGUGAUGGAGACAUGAAGAUUCUUAAGCCAUGUGGCAGUAGCUGGUAUUUCCCCAUUUUGUCUCCAGAACACGUGCCUUCAGACUGCAAACAUACCGCGAAUACAACAGUGAUGAAUGCAUCCAAACAUGCUUUUGUUUUCAUGAAAAUGUUAGAGGAAAAACUUGGUUGUAGUUUGCUUCAAAUCUAAAACUCAUAAUGCUGUUUGCUUGGUCAAAGGGUGAAAACCUUUUUUUUUUUUUAGCCAUACCUGCUUUAGCCAAGUGCUUUAUUUAGCCUGAUGCUAACACCACAGGUACAGCACAGGUUCUUUUAAGAUACAAAACAAGUCUCAUCAGCUGAGCAAAUGUCAUUUUCUUGAUUAAAAACCUCUCAUAUCAAGGGAUGUAAAUUUGCAGAUUUUAUGUUGUAAGACAAGUAAACCUUUUGUUACCAUGAA